AUGGAGAUAACCCUACAAGCAUCUUUGUUCAGGAGGGCAAAACAGAAAGACUUACAGAUAACGAUAGAGUUUUUAUUCUUUCAUCAUGAGCGUUUUUACUUGGUUCUGAUCGCCGCCAAGUUUGCUUCACGCCUGAUAAUUUAUGUGUUCCACAGUGGUCAUGCUGUUAAAGUGCGACAGUUGCCAGUCUAUAGAAAACACGGAUCGCCUAGAAGCAGAAACGCUGAAGAAAAGGAAGGAGAUCAUAAAUGGUACUCUGAGGAUGGAAGAGUACUGGAAGUGAAGGAGAAGGAUGAAGAUGCUACAGGAGAUGGUUGUGCAGCAGGUAGUAGCCAGUUGGAGUUGUCGUUGGGCCAUUUUUCCAUGACCAAUUGGGUCACUGAAGUGAUGCACCGUACACCUGGAACUCCUUCAAGAACCAAAGUUACAAUGCGAACAAAGCAUGUACUCGUAGCUUCCCUCCCUAAUGAGAAGUAUGGGAUAGGUUGGUCGGGGUGA